UUAUGGAUAAUAUAGUAGAACGUACAGAUGAUGAAUAUAAUGAAGGGAAACAAGAUUCCUAUCAACAACCUGAUAGAUUAUCAGAUAAUUUAGCAAGAACAGUCUUCUUUGAUUCCAAUAAUCUUCCUUAAGUGGAAUGUUACUAUCAUAAAGGUUAUUAUAUAUCUAACAUGUGUCGAGCACCAUAAUGUAUAAUACCUUUAUGUCCUCUUUGCAUACAUCUUCAUUCUAAAGAGCAUGUCAAUGAAGGCACAUAUCCAGUAUUUGAAUCAUUAGAGGUCUUAUUAAAUUAAGCAAGUGAUCAUGUUAAUAAUGAAUGUAAUUGUUUAAGAUUUUAUAUUAUUUUAGUGAAGAAGUUCACAAAUUCUUAUUAUGAUAUCAAAAAACAUGUGAAUACUUUUGAAGUUCAUGCAGAUAAAACAAUAAAAAAGAUUAGAGAGAUUAAGAAACGUAUAUAGGAUGUUGUUGAAUAAUUUUUUAAUGGUUUAGAGAAUGAAGUUGAACAUAAAUAGAAAAAGAAUGUGAAUAAUUAAGAGAGAGAUGCUAAACAUUUAUUAUCAAUGAUAGAAGAGAGAUGGAGAUCAAUGAAAGAGAUGUUAAAUACAUUUUAGAGUUCUGAUUGUUUAACAGCUCUAAUUCCUUAUUUCACAACAACAUUUUAAGAAGACAAUCAUGUUUAUUAUAAGAAGAUAGGAGAGUAUAUAAAUGCAUUUCCAACUGUUAGUAGUGAAGUCUAAAUAGAUUAACAUAGAGCGUAUGUUUUAUUAUAUUUAAUCAAAGUUCUGAAUUGAGUGUAUUUUUGAGUUCAAUAAUAAGAGUUCAACAUUCUUCAAUACCUGAUUUUAUUGGGAUUCAUUAAUUACCAACUACUAAUGUUACUGAAAGCACUAAGAUUAAUUCUUUAUAGGGAAGUAGAAUCAAGGAACCAUUACGUGUUACAAUAUAAGAGAAGAAAACUUAAUUUGAAUCUUUAGAUCAUAGAAAAUCACCUGUUUAAGAUGUUAGAGUUUAAAGAAGUCCACCUCCAAAUUAAUAAUCUAUGUAUCCAUAUCCUGUACAUCCAUCUAUGCAUCAAUAUCCACCUCCACAUUACUUACCACCCCAAUAUCAUAGAUUUUGA